AUGUCGCAAUCGCCCGCCACCCGCCACUACCUCUGCGCCCUCUCCCGCUGGCCCAAAGAUGCCCUCCGUCCCGAAGCCCAAUUCCAAGACGCCAUCCGUCGCCGCCUCGAGCGCAUAUCUGCCGCGGGAAACUUCAACGAAAAGAGAGAGCUCGGUCAGGUAAACGCACUGUAUAGUUUGCUUGAGAAUCGCUAUUCGGGCAAGUACCCCCUCACAAGCAAAACCCUCAAACCCGCCAGCAACCCAACAUACUACGAAGAUCUAGUAAAAGAGCUCGAGGAGGCUCCUAACAGGAGUUGGUUCCAACAGCAAGUGAACAGAUGGAAGGGAGCUUUACGAUUUCAGUGA